AUGCCAUCCACUUGGAUCUUGUCGCAGAUUGCAGUGGCUCGCGCACUUGCAGAGCGGCCUGGAGAAGAUUUCUGGACUUGUGCGAGAGACGGACCGUUUUGGCACAGCUUUCGGGAGACUGCGCGGUACAUGAUGUACGAUGAAACAAGUCCGCUGCGAACGUCGCUGGCACGAUUAGCUGGCUUGCUACCGGUGUGGCAGCUACAGGAAAGCGCCUUGUCAGACCCCCGGCGGGUCACGGAGGGCUUUGCGUGCCCUACAGGUGAAGCCUUCCUGAUGCUGUUGGACAUCCUUCUUGUGCACAAUGCUGUUGUCCGUGACACUAAGCCGAGCGAGAGCAACAUUAUUGAGCAGCUUGGCAUGAUUACUUGGGUCAUCAGCACUGCUCGCGUGCCAUCCUUGGAGGCCAUGCUGGUUUCUGGCUGGCCGCUCUUCGGAUUGCUGGCCAUCUUGCAGGAGGGACUUUUUGGGCUGGGCCGCCUGGCGGCGCAGACGCCGUCCUUGAUUCGACAGUGGGGCACGAUGGGAGAAGUCUGCAAGGAGGCUCGGCCGUUGCACGCGGCUUUGCAGACUUGGCUGGAUGCAGUCCCUUCUGCGGAAGAAGCGGUGCCGGCGCUUUCACCCUUAACUCGACUUGAAGCCCUUCGAUUGCGUCAGAAGUUGGCCGCAUCGCCUGGCUUGUGCUCCGAGGAUCCAGGCACUGGCGCUGCGGCACAAAUGCUGUCCAGCGGGCUCUUCAGCGAGGGCUCUGUUUCACUUUGGAAUGGAACAGGCUGGAAGCAUGAGUUCGGCAAGCUGCGACGAAUGAUGGACAAGGCUUUUCAGACGGUAUCCUGGGGCAGACUGAUAUUUACAGGCUGGCCUCUGCUGGCUUUGCUUCACCGUCUUCAAGAGGCCUAUGUCCGCGAGGCGCUGUGCAGCCGCGUUGAGAGGUAUGCUUACGCCAUUCCAAGCAGGGCAGACCCAAAGAGCGUGUGGGUUUGUGUGCGACGUGCUAAUGAUGUUGUCUAUGAGAGAUGGCGCAUGCAAGGAUUCUUUCCAGAUUGCUUCCUGAUUGUUCAAACUGUCCGGGAUGCCUUGCCUGCUGGUUGUCCAGUGCUGGACGUAGGUGCCAACCUUGGUGGAUGUGCGCUGAUGUUAGCGAAGGACGGGCACCCUGUGCUGGCGUUUGAGCCAGUGCCUGUGCUGGCUGGGCUCCUGCGCGCAUCAGUUGAGAGAAACAGUUUGAUGAAUGUGGAGGUGGUGGAAGCAGCUGUGAGCCGAACUUUGGGAAGCGGAUCCUUGCAGUGCACCACUGGGCACAGCGCCACAUGUCAGGUUCUUCCGACGCAUGCUGUUUCUGGCACCAAUGUGACUACUGACUCACUUGAUUCAAUUCUUCACGCACGUGGAUGGUCACAUCCCUGUGCUAUGAAGAUAGAUGUGGAGGGCUCUGAGCUUGAGGUCGUACAAGGUGCUGCGCACACCUUGUCGGGAUGGCCACACAUUUUCCUAGAGCUGCAUCCCUAUGAGCUGCGGUACCGCGGUGCUUCCAGUGCAGACACAUUUGACUUGCUCCUGCACAUGGGCUACAACAUGUUUGAAAGUCCUUCCUGCAGUUCCAAAGUCAGUCCUGCAGAGAAACCUUGGGCAGGGAACGGCACCUAUUCCGGUGCUCGCUGGGUUGAGGGCAGCCCAGUUGCUGGUGUUCGCCUGCCGCCCGUUGAUGGCCACUGUGAAUGCGAACGCGAAUGCCAUCUUCGACUACUGCCAGCUAGUGGUCGGCUCAGUGGUAACUGCCGAUGCUGGGACUUUGACGAAGCUUCCGGCAAUUGUAUGCUGUACUCCAGCUGCGGCAGAGGCUUUGGCUCGCUGUCAGCAGCAAGGGGUUGGUGGGCUGGCGAGCUGACCGGCAACUGGCACAUCUGGAGCUUCAGCUUCAAUGUUGUGGCGGCCAGCACAGUGCUGGGGAGCCUCUUCCUCGUAAUUGUCUUUGAGAGCCAGAUCAAGGAGUUCUUAAUGCCCGCGCACGAGGCCUUGGAGGGAAGCUGGUUUGCAAAGCUGAUGCUGUUGGUGCUGCUCAGCAAGGCACCAGAGCCCAGUCCUCUUGUGAUAUUACUGGCUGCCAUCAUGGUCUGGUCUCCGCCAGAGAAGCUGUGGCUCAGCGUUGUGGAGCUGAUGCCCAAACUGGCGAUCCCCAGCGUAGACCCCACCGGACAGGGGGUGACUGUGGCACUGGCCUUGUGGGCCAUGUUUGUGCUGACCUACUUCACCAACGGGACCCUGUUACUCUCAGUGGAAACGUUUUUUCCGCAGCUGGUGGACGGGUAUCGCAUCCAGACGCUGAAGUCCUCGAGUAGACCGUCCAUGCUGACGCUGUGGAAAAAUCUGGCAAGGACAAGCUUCAUUGUUUUGCCCUUGUUGCUGUUCGCCUUGAUUCCAAUGUGGCAGCGACUACGAAUGCCUGCGUCCCUACCUGGACCAUGGGAGAUGUUCAUUCAUAUAGGAUUUGGGGUCCUUGUGAACGAGGUGCUGUUCUUCUAUGGCCACUGGCUAAUGCAUGCCAACAAGUACCUGUACAGGCAUAUCCACAAGAUCCAUCAUGAGUUCAAGGCACCAAUGGGACUAGCGGCAAUCUACUGCCACCCUGUUGAAUUCUUCCUCUCCGAUCUCAUGCCACUCGGAGCGGGCUUGUUAGCUGUUCGGGCGAAUGCCUUCACUGGCGUAGUUUGGAUGGCGUUUGCCGUCAUGGCGACGCAGACGCAUCACUGUGGCAUCAGAUGGCCUUGGAUAGAUUUCUUCUCUUUCCAGGCCGAGGCACAGCCAAACUUCCACGACUUUCAUCAUGAAAAGUUCAACGUCAACUACGGCGCCAUGGGCUGGCUUGAUGAUUUGCAUGGCACAUCCUGGGACUGGAAGAAAGAUUUCUGGGGAAGACGUGGCGCAGAUCAGCCUGCAGCAGCGAAGGCUGCCUAG